UACCGGGUAACGAGUAUGCGGUUUCUCCACUCCGCGAGGAGCGUUGAUGCACGACUGCGCACGACGCAGCGGUACACCUCGAGGCCCGCCGGCCGCCUGGCACUUAGUUCGGCACUGCGCAGCGUCCGGUUGAGUAUCGCGUCCGUCGAUCAUUCUUCGCCGCGCGCAUUUGCACCAGUCGCGAUCGUGUGUGCUGUGUCCACCAUCAGCAGACCAGCCGUCGACGAUUCGUUUUUCGCUUUUGCCGUCAUCUGCAGACGACGAUCACGAACAGACAGACGGACACCUCCAUCGAUCGACGCUACGAUCACGACGACAGAUAGUUCUACACAAUAUCUCGAAAGUACAUUAUUAAAAAUGGGUCGAUACAGCGGGAAAAAAUGCAGACUCAUCACCAUGUUUUGGCUGACGACGUUUUUCUUUUUGGUAGAGAUCAUCGUCGGCUAUAUAACCAACUCGAUGGCCCUUGUCGCGGACAGCUUUCACAUGCUCAGCGACGUCGCGGCAUUGGUGGUCGCAUAUUUAUCGGUUAAAAUGUCUCCAAAAAAAUGGUCAAAAAACACAUUUGGAUGGGCUAGAGCUGAAGUACUUGGAGCACUUGUAAAUGCUGUGUUUUUGGUAGCUUUGUGUUUUUCAAUUACGGUUGAGGCUUGUAAGAGGUUUAUUGAAGUAGAGACCAUUCACAAUCCUAAAUUCAUUGUUGUGGUUGGAGUUUUGGGAUUAUUUGUCAAUAUUUUGGGUUUAUUUUUGUUUCAUGCUCAUGGUGGAGGAGGACAUGGACAUUCACAUGGUGGUAUAUCUCGCAGCCACACACGAUUAACUCAAUUAGUAAGCGCUGGAGCAAGUGCAAAUGCUACUGAUGAUAAUGAUAAUGAUCAUCGUUUUAAUGUACCACUUAAUCACACCCAUGAAUCUUCUGCUGGUCAUAUGAAUAUGAGAGGUGUAUUUUUACAUCUUCUAGCUGAUGCAUUAGGUUCAGUCAUCGUAAUUGUAUCAGCUUUGAUUGUGUGGUUGACUGAUUGGGAAUACCGUGAUUACAUUGAUCCUGCUUUGAGUUUGUUAAUGGUGAUUAUUAUCUUACACUCAGUGUGGCCAUUGUUACAAGAGUCUGCACUUAUACUCCUUCAGACUGUUCCUACCCAUAUUCAAGUAGACGCCAUCCAGAAACGACUUUUAGACAGAGUGGAUGGAGUUUUAGCUGUACAUGAGUUCCAUGUGUGGCAAUUGGCUGGAGAUAGAAUCAUAGCAUCUGCACAUAUCAGGUGUAGGAAUUUGCCAGAAUAUAUGAAGUUAGCAGAAAAAGUUAAAGAAUUUUUCCAUAAUGAAGGUAUACAUUCAACUACCAUCCAGCCCGAAUUCGUGGAAGUUGAAGUUACUGAAAAUAGGAAUGAAAAUCAGACUCCUACUGAAGACUGUGUAUUAGAUUGUCCUAAAACUGACAUACCGUGUCAAUUGCAAACAUGUUGCGGCCCAUCAAAACAGGGUCGUGACACACCAUCCCCUGUUGACACACCAUAUUUGUGUCGACAACGUAAUACUACUUCUGUUACCAUUGACGCCACCAACAAUUUACAGACUGCCAAUACUCAGGAGAGUGAGAUGGAAAGUGGUGCACUAUUGGGUGAUAGAAUUAACAAUAUCCGUACUUCUACAGGAGGAUUUAUCACUGGUGGAUAGUAUUUUUUCUAAAUAAUGACAAUUUUUGUUUUUUUUUUCAUAUAUUAUAUUAGCUUAUUAUUAUGAUGAUGAAUAACUUAGCACAUGGUUGCAAUUGUACCUAUUACAUCAACAAGACUUACCAUGUAAAAAAAUAAACAACAAAAUAAUAAUAUAUAUUUGCUAUGAAUAUAAUACAUUUAGUGAGAUAUGUAUUACCCCUUGUAAUGCGCAAUGUUAGAAGAUCAAAAUUAUAUGUGCUCUACACGUACGUUUAUGUAAACAUCAACAAAAUAAUUUUAAGUUUAUUAUAUUUUUUAAACAAUUGUAAUGACUUAUUAAUGCUCAAUUGUUGACAUUUACCAUAGAUCUGUAUUUGUUUGAUGAUGUAAUAUUGGAUGAGCGUUGUAAAUAAAACCAAAACCUUUAUAAACAUUUCAA